CAUGAAAACUUUUGGUCCCACUAGCGCGCGCGGUCUAUUGGGGACUUUUUCUCUUGUGUGCAGCAGCAGUCAGCAUAAAGCCACGUGAACUAAGGCUAACGCGGACAGUCGGCCGCGCGCGGGCCUUUCCACUCGAUCGAUCGCGCGCACCACACAGAGCCGCCGUUCGCGACGCCGCAAAUAUUUUUGUUCUUUUCUUGCUUCUUUGUUGAAAAAAAAAAAAAUAAUAACAAUAACAAAAACAGUCGAAGAGAGGGAACAGUCUAAUCUCCCCCCUCCCCCCCCUUUUUUGCCAACAACUAUAGUGACAUUAAUUUAAUUGCGCUUGCCCUUUUUGCAUUAAGCAUUACGUAUCUUGGAUGCGGCAACGCCAACGGUGGUGAUCUUACGUUUCAAUAUUUCAUUCCUCCUCUGAACAUGCCGAUAGACUGUGCGAGUAUGAUUUGUGUUGUGUAUUUUCCAGCGCCAUGGAAUUCGAUUCGACGUUAUUAGUCGUGUAACGGUGCAAAAAAAACGACGGAUGCAACGUGAGUGCGUGCACGCCAUAAGGAAGAAUAACGCACCGAUCCAGUGUCUUCUCUGUCCUCGUCUCUCUCUCUCUCUCUCUCUCUCUCUCUUUCUCUCUCACUCGCCUCCUUAUUUUCCAUCUCUCUCUUUCUAUUGUUCGCCAGUACUCACUGCGCAGCGACUACUGCUACUGCAGCUGCUGUUGCUGACGGAUUCAUCGAAAUUAUUAAUUAGCCAUGCAUUAGAGAGCAGCCCGUAAGAAAUGGCAAAAUACCACAUAAAGGAUGAUCUCGAGUCACAACAACAGGACAUUACGCUUACAAGUUACGUCAAUAGAUCAGCAGCAUCAGCAGAAGAGUUGGGCUGCUACAAAGAGAUCAGUGAGAAUAACGACAAGGCUUCCGUGAUUAUCGACAACGAUAACUCUGAUGCACCGGAUCUUGCGAGCGCGGCGGCGCCCGUCCUCAUCGACAACGAUAACGAGAGUAGACUAACAAAUGUUACAAAACAACAGUCCAAUAAUAAUAUCGUUUCUGUCAGUCCGAUGCAACAGUCAACUUGUUAUACGUGCUGUGCCUGGCUAGACAAACGUUUACGGCGGCGAAUCUGCAGGAAGAAGUUGCUCUACAAGAGAAUACCGAUACUUGAAUGGUUGCCUAAAUACCGCCAGGAAUACAUAGUGAGCGACAUGGUGGCAGGUCUUACCGUUGGUCUUACGGUCAUACCGCAAGCGAUUGCUUACGCAAACGUUGCCGCCCUCCCGCUUCAGUAUGGUCUCUACUCAUCAUUCAUGGCAUGCUUCGUUUAUACGGCUUUCGGUUCGUGCAAAGACGUUCCGGUUGGACCAACGGCUAUUGCUGCAAUUAUGACGAGAGAAACAUUGGAAAAAUCGCACUUGGGUCCAGAUUUUGCGGUACUUUUAACGUUUAUAUCUGGCUGUGUGUCGCUAUUGAUGGGCCUCUUGCAAUUAGGCUUCCUGAUAGACUUCAUAUCUGGACCAGUGUCGGUUGGAUUCACAUCUGCCGCUGCUAUAAUAAUAGCUACAAGCCAAGUAAAGGACAUUCUGGGCAUUAGUAUUACCGGUGGUAAAUUUAUUCAAGUCUGGAAAAAUAUCUUUGAGCACAUUGGUGAAACUAGGCUGUGGGACGCAGUACUUGGCCUAGUUUGCAUGAUUGUUCUUCUGACAUUACGGAAAGUGAAAGAUAUUCCAGUAGUGCGAAAGCAUGCCAAGAUGCCAACAGUAUGGCAGCGCAGCCUGGAAAAGUUCCUCUGGUUGGUGUCAACGGCGCGAAACAUUCUCGUAGUGGUAUCAUGCGCCAUUAUUUGCUGGCUACUCGAGGAGCAUCUUGGAAGUUCACCAGUGGUCCUUACUGGUCACGUAAAACAAGGCCUGCCUGGAUUUAGCCUGCCACCUUUUCACGGAAAGAUUGGCAAUAAUACCUUGGACCUGUUGGACAUGGUCUCUGUAAUGGGCUCAGGUUGCAUCGUAAUUCCGCUUCUCAGUAUUCUUGAGACGAUCGCCAUCGCUAAGGCCUUUUCUGAAGGUAAACCAAUUGAUGCUACGCAAGAGAUGUUGGCGAUAGGCAUGUGUAACGUCGUCUCAUCGUUUGUUUCGUCGAUUCCGGUAAGCGGCGGACUUAGCCGGGGCGCGGUGAAUCAUUCAUCUGGCGUUCGGACAACUCUUGGCGGCGUCUAUACGGGUUUUCUCGUGCUCGUCUCACUACAGUUCCUCACACCUUACCUCUAUUUCAUACCUAAAGCUGCUCUCGCGGCAGUCAUCAUAGCUGCCGUCAUCUUCAUGGUAGAGAUACAAGUUGUUAAACCCAUGUGGCGUACCAAGAAAAUCGAUCUGGUUCCUGCAGUAGUUACUUUCCUCUGCUGCUUAUUCGUUCGACUAGAAAUUGGAAUAGUCAUUGGCAUUGGCAUCAAUUUAUUAUUUCUACUUUAUGGUUCGGCGAGGCCUUCCCUCAGAGUAAACAUGACAACGAGUAUCGAGGGCCUGGAUUAUUUGGUAAUAACGCCAGAUCGCAGUCUUGCGUUUCCCAGUGUUGAAUAUGUCAGAUCCGUCAUCAGUAAACAGGGUUCAAAACAAGGUACUGCCGUUCCAGUCGUCAUCGAUUCCACGCAUAUCCAGGCAGCUGACUUUACAGCCGCCAAGGGUAUAAAGAGCCUCAUUGAAGAUUUCACGAGAAGAGGUCAGCCACUUAUCUUUUAUAACUUGAAACCAAGCAUUCAUACUAUUUUCCAAGGCGUUAAACCUAUCGACCUACGAUGCUGUUUCAGUGAAAUAGAGCUCAAUGAUUAUUUAAAAGAGUUCAUAAACAGUCCUGUUUAUAGUAUUAGCCGACAUUAAACAUGAACAACUGCAUACAAUAUUAAGUGGAUCUCGAAAAAUGCCAGUAUUAUUGUCAUCAAGCUCAACAAUGCCAAUGAUCAUUUCAAGUUUCUCUCUCUCUCUAGCCAGCACAAGAUUCAUGAUGCUGUUUUUGUAAAUAUGUAAUUAAAAAAUUUAAUAAGCAUUAAAUAUACAAUAAUAAACUAUAAUAAAAUAAAACGAAACAGAUAGGAUAACUUCAAA